GGUCAGUUUCAAAUUCAGUUGUAAUCUAUUAAUUUUCUUGAAUUUUAUAUUAUGUUUAUGAGACUCUCUCUCAUUGUUACCAUAGUUAUUGAUUGAUAUAAGGCUGAAAAUGAUCAUUAUUAUCAUCAUACAAAUGAGAGUCUCUUUCACAUAGCCUGAAACCUGAAUGAAAACCUGAAUACCAAGGUGGAUUUGGGUGAGUUCAUCAUCAUCAUCAACCUCCACCUCCCAUUCAUUUUUUACAUCAUGUUUUCUUUACCUGUGUGAGUGAGUUCCCAAUAUCUACCUCCUCCAACUCUCUCUUUUUUUUUCUCUCUCUCUCUCUCUCUCUCUCACUCCCUCUUCUUUAUUUCAUCAUCUUCUCUUUCUUUCCUUUCUUUUUCCACAAGACUGAUCAAACAAGAUGGCGAGAGUCUUUUUCUCUUUCCACUUUCCAAUCACAAAUUCAAACUAAACUCAAUUAACCAGGUUACUAUUGUCUGGUAACUUUACCUCUUCCUCUACUCAUCCACCCACCAAACUACCUGCCUCCAUUUACCUGUCACUCUUAACCUUACCUUGCUUCUUGUUUCCCAUCAUUGUAACUUUGAAGGUUUCCUUUCUCAUUGCAAUGGUAAUAUUAUCACUUAUUAUCACUUCUUGAUGCUGAUUCAAUUCAUUUUGUUACCUUGUUGUUUUUAUCGUUUCAAUUUCAUUGGAUUUUGUUGUCUGUUUGUUGUUUUGUUUGCUAUUGACGAGGAAAAGUUAAACAAUUGAAACUAAUUGAUUGAUUUUUUUGUUUUAUUCAUCCAUUUACCUGGGAUUUACUAAUCUCACUGUUUCAUCAUCUUAAUUAUCAUCAUCAAUAACAACCUUAUCAACAACUCUACCUUUGAAAAAACCAAUCAAUCUCAUAUCGGCUUUAUGAUCAAGUGCUAUAAAUAUCAACAAAUUACACAACAAUCAACACUAAUAUAACUUGAUCCUCAUCUUCAAUGUUAAUCAAAUGUGAUCUGUCUUAUGUUGAUUAACUGUUAAUUGAUUGUUAUGAGUUAAUAAUUAACCAAUAACUUUACACCUUUUUCUUGUGGUGUUAACCAACCAAAGUUAAUCUCAAUCAAUUUUGAUUGACGUAAUAAUAACAAUCAAAGUGAAAAUAAAACUUCCUGUUAUUACAAUUAAACUAAAUUGUGAAUAUAAAUUUGAUUAUGCAAGUCAUUUUUACCUCAAUUUUUUUUGAUGAUCAACAAAAUUACAACAAUUAAAUUCAUCAAAAAUCAUUCAUGCUGAUCAACAAAAUUGUAACAAUAAAUACCAAGUUCAGGUAAAUUGGUUGUAAUCUAAAUCAACUUAAUUGUGUCAACAUAUAUAUGAUGGUAAUUUAAUUGCUACUAGUAAUCAUCUUCAUUAUCAAAACAACAGCACAACCAAAGAUUUCAAGGUGACAACAAUUAGAGGGGAAAAAAGACUCGAAGCCAAUCAAUAAAUUACUUCCAAAUUAAGUUAUAACUUUUAUCGAUUCUCAAGUGACCCAAGUUAAUUUAGUGCCAAAAUGCCGAUCUACAAGCGACGAGAUACCGACGAUACUGAUGAUCCUCUCAUCUUGACUCAGAAAACAAAACGAUUCUCCCUUGGAUCAAAGAUCAAGGCCAUUAAAGCAGCUCGACGAGGAAAACGAGGCCAAAAAAUAGGCCAAUUUUACUAUGAACAGGAUAAUAUGAACAUUUCAACAUACGACUCGAAGUCACCUUUAUCUUUACACAAACGCUACGGUCACAACUUUAAUUGUACCGAGGAGCGGAUAUCAACUCGACAUGGUACCUUACUAGUUGCCCGUCAAGGUGCUAAACCAGGCCCACGAACACCGGUUAUCUUAACCUAUCACGAUUUAGGACUAAAUUAUAUCUCAAAUUAUGAAUCAUUUUUUUCUCUAAGUGAAAAUUGUUCACUUCUUGCAUCAUUUACAAUAUAUCACGUUAACGCCCCUGGUCAAGAGUCAACCAAACUUGACCCAACCUACAAGUUUCCCUCAAUGGACACACUUGCAAGCCAAUUGAAUGAUGUUCUUGACCAUUACCAGAUAAAGACUUUCAUUGGAUUGGGAACAGGAGUUGGUGCUAACAUAUUAACACGAUUUACACUCACUAAUCCUAAACCAGUUGAAGGAUUAAUUCUGGUUAACGCUAAUUGUUCACAAGCCUCUUGGCGAGAUUGGUUUUGGGCUAAGCGAAACAUUAAAUCAUUAGUAAACUCUUCAUCUGUCAACAACAAUUUACCAACACCACAAGCACCAAUUGAUUACGAUACAACGACACCCAUUUCAUCAAAUUAUCUUCCAAACAAUGUAACCGAUUAUCUUUUAUGGUAUCAUUUUGGUUCUAAUCUACGAUCUCGUAAUUCACCUUCAGCCGAUAUAAUUGACAUUUAUCGAUCUUAUUUUAAUGGUAUAACCGUUCACCCCACAAAUUUGGGUUUACUGCUUGAAUCCUAUUUUAAACGGAGUCCACUUCGUUUCUCUCGAAAUACAAAUUCAUUUUCAAACAAACGUGCUAAACUUUCAUGCCAAGUACUUUUGAUUACCGGAUCAGCAUCACCUCAUCUCGAAUCAACCAUUAUUAUGAAUUCAAGAUUAGAUCCAAAAACAACGACCUGGUUAAAGAUUGAUGAAUCGUCGAUGGUUUUAGAGGAAAAACCUCAUAAAGUGUCACAAGCACUUCACCUUUUCCUUCAAGGUCUUGGUUACCCGCUUAAAGAGAUGGUCUUAAAAAGAGCUCGUCUUUCGGGUUUAAGUUUACCCUCCAUUACUAUGGGUACUUCAAUACUUUCAAUUCCUUCCAUAUCUUCAGUACCCUCGACACCAGUCUCACCAAUAAGUGCUAAUCAAGUAUUUUUCCCGUGCUAAUAAUAACAAUCCACCCAAGACAAUGAGAUGCCAAAGGAUGAAAAACUUGAAUCUAUUCCCAUCAGUGGGAGUCGAACAACUUUCAGCUAUGAUAAUUGUAAAUUAGUUCGUGAAGACAAUCAACUGGCUCUGUUUGAUCAGCUCUCAAGUUGAUCAACAUAAACAGCGCGAUUUUUGGAUACAUUUUGUAUCCCAAAGGCAUUUGAAUAAAAAGUUAACCAUUUUUCUAUCCACUA